AUGAUUUCCGGUUCCACGCUCUCCUACUUUUUUGGCUUUUGGGCUUUGGCAUACCUCAUAGACGCAGGGCUUUCAGUCCACCCAUUUACAAAACAGCGUUACCUUGAAUUGAGAGGCCGAUCUGGUAUCUCUAUUCAGGUCCUCCAGGCUCGGUUCUUCACACAAAAAUUGAACCCUUUCUUCCACCGCCUUGGGAAUGUUGACUGGUUUCCUUGGGGCCUUUGGUUUUCUAUCGGUACAGCUUUUUCAGCUAUCUUCAUGUGUCUGAGCGUCGUUGUGCUUUCUCUACUGGCCUAUAACACCGUCAUGCGCAAGCCCAUUGAAAAACAAAUUAUAACUCCCGUGAUGCCAGGAGUCAACCUCCCCCUUAGUCAAGUUGGCUUCUACAUGCUUACCCUGCUGGUAUGUGUGGUUUUGCACGAGGCCGGACAUGCCUUGGCUGCUCUGCGCGAAAAAGUCCGACUGCACGGUUUCGGCUUCUUCCUGUUUGGUAUCUAUCCAGGAGCCUAUGUCGAUAUUAGCGACUCCGAUCUUUGCAGCUUGUCUCCUCUUCGCCAACUGAGGAUUUACUGCGCGGGCGUUUGGCACAACGGAGUGAUUGUAUUUCUCAGUCUCAUUUUGUUCCACGCCCUCCCAUGGCUUCUAGUUCCUGCUUAUUCAACAAACAGAGGUGUUGGCGUCGUCAGUGUACUGGAGGUAAUGCACAUUCCUGUAGUUUGUAAUACCUCAUUUUAA